AUGCAAUUUAACAAGGCUUUAGAAAGUUUGAGAGCAGAGAUGAAACAAAUGAGAAAAGAUAUAGAAAUUUAUGUUGCUCCAAAAUUGAUUAUAACUCCAACACCAAUCAUAAAUACAACUCAACCACCACUUAAAACUACAUUACAACAACCCAUUAAACAUAAACGCAAUUUCACUGAAGUAACCCCAUCAUCAUCUUCUGAUACACAAGAUUCAGAAACUGAACAAAUACCUUCACCUAAGCAAUUAUUAGCAAGACAAGAUAAUUUAGAAAAUCAAAUUGAAAAACAAGCUAAUAUUUUGCAUCGAAUCUACAAUUUCAUGAAUUCUGUUUCACCCACAGAAAAAUCAAUUAACAGUGAACUUUAUGAAAUAGAUACUUUCAAUACUGAUCAUAAAGCAGUAUACUUAAAUUUAUUUCCAUAUAAUUUAAUAGGAAAUAAACAACAUGCAACCCUUAGACAACAACAAAUGAAAAAAACAAUCUUUCAUUAUGAUAAAAUGACAAAAGAUGAAUGGGAUGAUUAUGGAAAUUAUGUAGACAAAUUAAGUAAAGACAUAUUUCCUACUCUUAUUUCAAAUACAGCUGACUUAAAUCGUAUUUGGGAUUCCAUUCAAAAAUGUAUCAAGGAUGCUGCUAAGAAAAAAAUUUGGAAUUCUACAUCAACAAUACAAAGCAAAGAAAAAAAGCCACAAAAUUUGACAGAAAUAAAUGGAGAAAUUAGAAAAAUUAAUAAAAUAAUCCUAUGA